CAUUCCCCCUCUUCCGUUUUCUUUCCUUUUAUUUAUUAUUUUUCCUUCCUUUUUUUCCCGCUCCGUUCCGCUGCUGCUGGUGGGUGUUUUUUUUUUUUUUUUUAAAAAGCAACCGGGGGGGGGGGAAGGAAAAAAAAAUCGGUGUGAAGUCCCGGAAAAAUCCCCGAAUCGGCGGCGGCGGAGAGACGAUCGGAGGCAGGAGGAGAGCGCUCUGCACGUCUGGUCUAAUGGACAGCGGACCUAUUAUCACCCAGGUUAGCAAGGAAGAGGUGAACAGUCCUCUGCAGGAGAAAGGUGUUCAGAACCAAUCAUCUUCCAAGAAACCCAGGAAUCGCAGCAUCUUCCAAUCCCUUUUUUGCUGCCUUUGCCAUGACAACUCAGAGCCUAUCCCUGUCAACAACAAUGCCCCGCUGCUGGUGGAAGAAAACGGUUCAGUGACCAAGACCACAGUCAAAUACCUGUUGCCGGAAAUCAAACUGCAAGAUGCCAGUAAAAUCUGUGUGGUGAUUGACUUGGAUGAGACCUUAGUACAUAGUUCUUUUAAGCCAGUGAACAAUGCAGAUUUCAUCAUCCCAGUGGAGAUUGACGGGGUCAUGCACCAGGUGUAUGUACUGAAGCGACCCCAUGUGGAUGAGUUUCUGAGGCGGAUGGGUGAGCUCUUUGAGUGUGUACUCUUCACUGCUAGCCUGGCAAAGUAUGCUGAUCCUGUGGCUGAUCUGCUGGACAAGUGGGGGGCCUUUCGCGCUCGCCUUUUUCGCGAGUCAUGUGUCUUCCAUCGGGGUAAUUACGUCAAGGACCUCAGCCGCCUGGGACGCGAUCUGACACGGAUCAUCAUUGUAGACAAUUCACCAGCUUCCUAUGUCUUCCACCCUGACAAUGCUGUGCCUGUGGCUUCGUGGUUUGACAACAUGGCUGACACGGAGCUCCUUGACCUGCUGCCUUUCUUUGAGAGACUCAGCAAAGUGGAUGAUGUAUAUACCGUGCUAAAGCAGCAUCGGACUACUAGCUAGUGACCAAUGGAGGGGGCAGGGCUUUGGGCAGGGGAAGUAGGAGGGGUAGGUAUGCCCAUUUUGGCUACUUCCUUCUGCUGAGCAGGAUGACCUCUUCCCUCAGCCUCAACAAGCAACGCAGUGCCCAGGAAACCCUGCAGGAGGCAGCAGAGCGCAAUUAUUCCCAUGAGGCACCAGAAGAAACUUCAGCAUCUGAAUGUGAUCUUGAAACCCCGCCCCCCCCCAGAAAGGAAACCUCCUUGCUGAUAUGGUUAACAGUUUCUCCCCUUGAAUGAUGGGUUGCAGAAACCAGAACCUCAGCCCUUUCUCUCCACACACAAACAUCUAAUGUGACCAAAGCUAUGAUCCAGCUAUGGUCCUUUCCCUUCUAAUCAGAACAGUUCUCCGCUCAUUUGCCGCCAUCUUGGGGGAAGAUACACAAGUCUCUUUCCCGGGUAUUCACUGCACUUCAUUGUUGUAUCAGUUCAAAGAUCUCCAUUGUCCCAAUUUCAGAAAAAGUUAUUUCUAAAAUUGCUGAUUGGCUAGGACAGUGUUUCUCAACCUUGACAAUUUUAAAGCAUGUGGACUUCAACUCCCAGAAUUCCACAGCCAGCAUUGCUGGCUGUGGAAUUCUGGGAGUUGAAGUCCACAUGCCUUAAAAUUGUCAAGGUUGAGAAACACUGGGCUAGGAGGAGCCGAGAUUGAAAUUAUUCAAGAAAAUUGGAGAAGAAAAGCUAAAAAAAACCUAGCAGAACUAAAGUGGUGUGGAUGGGGCAGGGAUACAGAAAAGUGAUAUAUGUGAGCAGAGGACUGCAUUUUUUUUAGGGGACUCAGGUUCAUCCCUAAAUAAGAUGUUUCUGCCUCCUCCAAAGGCUUAGUUUUUUGGCUUGAAAUUUAAGCUGGAUCUUUCGCAAAGGGGCUGUGGACUGUGUAUAACUGUUACACAUAAGUCAACUCUUGGGACUAAUAGUGAGGUCAGUUUUGUGUUUUGCUCCUCUUGGAAAUAUCUCCCCCUCCCCCUUGUGGGAAAAUUCCUAAAUUUCCAAACACAGUGAGGGGAGAAGAAAGAGACUGGAAGAAUUCCCAGUUUUAUUCAUUCUCUCCCCCCCCCCCCUAAAUUAAGGAAGGACUGGAGAUUUUUCGUAAGGAGGAGGAAAAAAAAUCAGGUUUGCUUCUUCCUGCUGAGACAUAGGGUGAACCAGCUUUACUAGCAAGGGGAUAAGAGGAGUUGAAGCCUCCAGCCUACAAGUCCCUCUUUUUUUUUUAAUCUCUGGAAAUAGAUCUCUCGGGCCACUUCUAUGACUGGUCGUGAUGGGGUAAGGUGGUUCAUGAUACAAACAUUUGCUUAGGAGGAAAGACUGAGGUAGCAUUGGAAUGCAGAGAAGGGACUCCUUGAGAGGUGAAAUAUGGCUGACAAGAAAGAAUUCGAUGGGAAGGGCAGAAUGAUGGAAGGGAUAGAUAGUUCUGUAAUUAAGAGAGUCCAAUAUUAAAGAACAGAAGCUAGGAAACCAUGGUUCCAUAUGUUGCUGAAGAACAUUCCUGGUUUCCUGUUAUGAUCAUGAUGAGGGAGGCACAAAGGGUCCUAAAGCAAUAGCUGGAGAGCCACAGGUCCCUCCCACAGCUUAGAGAAGUGAUAAGUGAUACUGUCCUGCAGUAUUUAUGUUGAAUGCUUUGGAAUCGUCCUCUGCACCUUUUCUGUAUUUUGUGUCAGCCCUGACUUCUUCCUUUGAGCCCCUCUUUGACACUAUCCUCUCAGUGACAGGAUACAACAUCAGGCAGAAUUAGACUAAACAGAGAGACAAGAUGUGGGAGGUGUAUUCCUUGACCGCUGUGUUUUUUGUCUUGCGCUACAGUUGGUGCCUUCAAAUCCCACUGUCUUCCUAGAAAUCUGUAACCUUUCUGGAUUUGUGGAGUAUGUGGGGGAAAUUGUGCCUUUUAGAAUCAAUAGACUUGCUGAUAUAGCAUGAGGAGGAGAAAGCAGAGUUAGUGUGCCAAAAGGAGGUGUCUCCAUUUCUGCUGCUUUGUCCACAGCGCUGGGGGUUCCCUCAGGGGAUGCUUUAGCAAAGCUGACCCAUCCCUGUGGUUCAGUAUGUUUCUUCCUAUUUUUUUUUCCAGCAUCUUUGAAACCUGUUUAAUAGGAGAGAAUUUUGAUACCAAACAAGAAUUGUCUUGGUAAUCUGCCUAGUUACUAUUUCUACUUACGGAUUUGCCUCGGUUUCUCUCCAGUGCCAUCUUAAAUUUGCCUUACAAUAUUUUCGAGAUGUAAGAAUUCCUUGUGCCUUUUGCCUAUUGCUAUUUUUUUAAAGAUACCAUAAACCCCAUGAAUCUAACUCAGGCAUAGGGUACUGCAGUUCUUGGUAGCUCAUUGGUAGCUCAUUUUGAACUUCACUUUCAAGGAGCUCCUGAGCUGUCUUCUUCAACAUGAAACAAUAAUUAAAUUUACUGUUACAAUGGACCAGAAAUGGUUGAUGUAUCUGGAUCACUGCUGGCCUACACCUGACCAGACAGUUCUGAUUAACAUGCUGCUCCCUCUUACUAAGAGUGACAGGAUGUUCAGAAAUCUUUUGAAUUGGGCAUUGCAAACAUGGCUGUCAGAUCAGGCGUCUUUGAAGUUGAAUAUUACAGUCAGCAGGUCGUCUUUCAACAAUGCAAACUGCAGAUUCCUUGAACAGUAGACAAAUAUGUUCCUUCUUAUUUUCUGUUUAUUUUCCCCCCAAAAGAACCAUUUAAAAAAAGCAGCAUUGUUCUAACAACCUGAAGGGAGUGGAAGGGAGAAAAAAUUAUUGAGAGUAAAAGAAGAGAAGCUUUGUUUUUCCUUAAGUCUACUGUCAUCUUCUUCCCCCCCCCCUUCUGCUUCUUCAGGUGUGGCACCUGUUGCUAGUACUGUAUGGAAAGACCGAAGGUCAAGUCUCUCCUUAGCAGUCCUUGAGAAAUUGAACCUGGCAAUUUUCUCAGUGACUUGCCAGAUUUGCACUUCCUGGAUAAACAUGCAUCAAAACACUGAAAAUAUGCAUUGAAUAACUUUCUCCAGAUUUUAUAGUUCUUCAAAUGUUGUAUCACGGUUUUUAGCAGUGAAACUGUAUCAAAACUCAUUUUAAAAUGUACAGUAUUUCUAAAAGAUUUUUUUGAAAUUGAUGUGAGGCAAAAGUAAAAUGUAGUCAAAAUGAUCUCUAAUCAUUCCAUAUUAUCUUAUCAGCCAAUCUAUAUUAAUGUCAGGUUGAAUUAACAAGGAACUUUCUUGUGGCGUUCUAAGGCUGUUUUUUGUUCUUUCUCCAGCCACAGAAACUCCUGGGGGGGGGGAAAUAAGGUUACAAUUUAUGCACACAUUUUGGACAGAAAACUGUUAAGAAAGAGUUAAUUUACUUUUGUGUAAACUUAGACUGCAUAUUUCUUUGCUGCUUCAAUGGAUCAUCUUGAUUUAAGGAUGGCGUCAACCUCCUUUGGCAUGUACAUAGUUUUUCCCAUUGGAGUAGCUAAAUUUGGCCUGAUCUGAACUGUAUCUUUGUUCCUUUUCUCACCCUACCUCAAUUGCCUCCUUAAUGCUGUGUUUGAUGGUAUAAGUUGAGAAAUUGAGAAAUUGCUUCAUUCUGGCAGGACCAAGAAAUCUUUUUCUCCCCCCCUCUCCCCUCCAAAAGAGGCCAAAGGCCAAUUUGGACCCACUAGCUCCCACAAACCAAAAGAUCCCUUUUUAAGAUUAAUCCAAAUUCUGUGUAAAGAGUUGCCCAGCACACCCUAUUGUGGGGGGAAUGACUUUUUUUUUUACAGAAUGUGGAAAUAAUUUGAACUGGGCAUGUUUUUAGAUUAUAUAAAUAUGUAUACCAUGUAUAUAUGUGUGUAUAUAUAUAUUAGAAAAAAAUAGGAAAAUAUGGAAUGAGAAAAAGUAUGAUGAUUUUUAUAGCUGUAUUUUAAUGCUGUUCACGGGAGAUGGUGAUUAUUUUUGUGUGCUUUGUUGUCAUUUCUGAUAUAAAAGGAAAUGCAUUGGGAAUCUUUUUUGCCCAUGAGUUGACACUUCUAUUGAGAGAGCCUCUGUCAUGUCUCCAAGUGCCUGCAACCUCCCCUGUCAUUCUUGGAGGCAAAGGAAUGAAAUAAUCCACACAAUAUUGGUCAGGGCCAGUUUUACUAGCCACAUUGGCUAAGAGUUAAUAUGAGACCCAGUCAAUGGUCUCAUUCCACAAAAAACUCAUUUUUUCAUCAAAUAUACAGAACCCAAAAUUGUUCCCUGGAAGAGAAAUGACUUUUUUCUCUUCUUUCUACUUUCCCUUUCACAUAAUUGUCCUGUCCACUUUUCCCUUCUCCACUGCUUUCUGUUCCCACCUGAGACUGGUUCUUACAUCAACCAACCCCAUCCUAAUCCUUCAGGGUAGCAGCAAACAAGCCCCUCCUUUAAACAGUUGCUUGAGUGAUGCCUCUCUCACUUUCUCCAUAGAAUUGCCUUCCCACUGAAGCCACAUCCUGCUUUAUUUCUUCUUUCAGGAAGGCUAAAGGUUCAGGGCCAGCAAGCCAGUUUCAACUCUAACAAAGUAUUGGAAAACUCAGCACUUCCUCGAGAUUGUGCUUCUCAGUGCCAGCUUGAGAGCUCCAAGGAGCCACACAAAUCUCCAUCUAGACAUGCCAAGGAACUAGAUAGGUUGGCUAUGCCAUGCUCCUGGAGUUUUGGAAGUGGCUGAAUAAAAUGCCACAUCCAUGUCUCACAUUAUUGUCAGUAGUUCUCCCUGUGAAGAAGAAGAAGUUAUUCCCCAUUCGUUUUUUUAAAGCUGUCUGUAUCCGAUGACCAUCAGCUGAAUUUUUAACCAUGAAUGAGAGUGUGAUAAAAUUUGCCAAUCAAAAGUGCCUUCUCGUGGGAUUCAAACUGUAAAAUAAUCUUUGAAGAAAAAAAAAUAUAUAAAACUAAAAA